GAAGGAAGACUUGAGCUCUGAAAACCUACCAGCUUACCCUGAUGACAUUACAAACUAAGAUCUGGCAUAUCCUUGUGCUCAUAAUGAGAAUAGUUCUGCUGCAAUCAAUCAAGAUGAACCUCAUGGACAUCACCAAGAUUUUCUCCCUCCUGCAGCACGACAAGGAGGAGGAGGACACCGACACAGGGGAGAAGCAGGCUCUCAAUCAAGCAGUGUAUGACAACGACUCCUAUACCUUGGACCAGCUUUUGUGCCAGGAGCGUUACAAACGUUUCAUCAACAGUAGAAGUGGCUGGGGUGUUCCUGGGACACCCUUGCGGUUGGCUGCUUCUUAUGGCCACCUCAGUUGCUUGCAGGUCCUCCUGGCACAUGGUGCUGAUGUUGACAGCUUGGAUGUCAAGGCACAGACACCACUUUUUACUGCUGUCAGUCAUGGCCAUCUGGACUGUGUGCGUGUGCUUUUAGAAGCUGGUGCCUGUCCUGGUGGUAGUAUCUACAACAACUGUUCUCCCGUGCUCACAGCUGCCCGUGAUGGUGCUGCUGCCAUCCUUCAGGAACUCUUGGGCCAUGGUGCAGAGGCCAAUGUCAAGGCUAAACUACCAGUCUGGGCAUCAAACAUAGCUUCAUGUUCUGGCCCCCUCUAUUUGGCUGCAGUCUAUGGGCAUCUUGACUGUUUCCGCCUGCUUUUGCUCCAUGGGGCAGACCCCAACUACAACUGUACUGACCAGCACCUAUUGGCUCGUGUCCCACGGCCCCGCACCCUCCUUGAAAUCUGCCUUCACCAUAAUUGUGAGCCAGAGUACAUCCAGCUACUAAUUGAUUUCGGUGCUAACAUCUACCUUCCAUGUCUCUCCCUGGACGUGAACUUGCAAGAUAAUAAAGGCACUGCAUUGCUGCUACAGGCCCGAGCCACUCCACGGUCACUACUGUCACAGGCCCGUUUAGUUAUCCGCAGAGCCCUGUACCAGGCCAGCCAGCCACAAGCCAUUGACCAGCUGGAUCUUCCCCCUGUGUUGAUUAGCUACCUCAAACACCAACUGUAA